CGUUUUGCCUCGCGAGAGCGGCUUCAUCACUGGCGAGAUCCAGCAUGGACGUGAACACAAACAGCGGCUGCUCUGCGCGAGCCGAAAGAAAACAGCAAGAAAAGGCGAGAAUAAUCCAGCGAGAGAAACAACGACAGACGGUGAAGACGGUCUCCAGGCUCCUCCAGAAGGCCGAGGCGGAGCGGACGCCGGAGGACAGGGCUCUGCUGCAGGAGCAUCGGGACACGGUGCAGGAGCUGAGCCGCAGACACAGCCGCAGAGCCCUGCUCAAGAGGAAGCAGGAGGAGGUGUUUGAUGAUGCUGAGAGCCUGAAGGCUAAAGUGAGGCAGAUGGCGGAGGCGCUGCAGCAGGCCAAGCAUGUGGUCAUCUACACCGGAGCAGGAAUCAGUACUGCCGCCUCUAUCCCAGACUAUCGGGGGCCCAAUGGCGUGUGGACUCAGCUGCAGAAGGGCCGAUCUGUGAGUGCAUCAGAUCUGAGUCGAGCUGAGCCCACUCUCACACACAUGUGCAUCUGGAUGCUACACAAAGUCAAGAUGGUUCAGCAUGUGGUCUCACAGAACUGUGAUGGUCUUCACCUGCGCAGUGGUUUGCCCAGACAUGCUCUCUCUGAACUCCACGGAAACAUGUUCAUCGAGGUGUGUGAUUCCUGCUCUCCAGCACGAGAGUUUAUCCGGCUGUUUGACGUGACGGAGCGCACGGCUCUGCACAGACACGGGACGGGCCGCCUGUGUCCUCACUGCAGAGCGCAGCUCAGAGACACUAUAGUUCACUUCGGUGAGCGUGGCACUCUGGAGCAGCCGCUCAACUGGAAGGGGGCCGCUGAGGCGGCAGAACAGGCUGACCUCAUCCUGUGUUUGGGCUCCAGUUUGAAGGUGUUGAAGAAAUACUCGUGCUUGUGGUGCAUGAACAGACCCGCCAACAAAAGACCAAAGCUGUACAUUGUAAAUCUACAGUGGACACCGAAAGAUACCUUGGCCACUCUGAAAAUUCAUGGGAAGUGUGAUGCUAUGAUGGGUCUUCUGAUGGAGGAGCUGGGUUUGGGAACUCCAGUUUACAACAGAUCACAAGACCCCAUCUUCAGCUUGGCUAAACCACUCAGUCCACAGGAGCAGAAGAGCCACACUCGUGAAGAGAUAGCGCCACCUGCUGCUCUGGAGGACGCUUCGCCAGACACACAGGCUCAGGGUGAAGCUACAGCGGUUCAAGGCGGCUGGUUUGGAAGGGGAUACACCAAAGCAAGGAGGAAAAAGAAGACUGUGUAGUUUCUAAAGCAUGACAUGCCCCGCUGCUCAGUUGGGUUAGGACUGUGCUCUUUCCCAUCACACUCACUGCUUGAAUACAUGUUUCUGAUUGGCCAUUACUGAUGAAUGUGAGAUUGCUUUUAUCUGAAAAGAUAUAGCUGUUUUCCUCUGAAAAUAACUUGUUGCAGAGUAAGCAGGUUUACAUGAUGGUUUGGCUUUGCUAAGUGCACUUUACUUCCAAUCUCAGGUUUAUAGAAUAAGCAGUAUAUGAUUCUUAUGACCGCAGUUUUAUGAGAACAGGCUGACAUUUGUUGCUGUUGUUGUUUUUUCACCUAAAAUUUAAAAUGGUCAUUUACACUCAUGUUGUUCCAAAAAUAAAAGAUAAAAACAGAUGGAAGUGAAUAUAGACAGACAGACAGAAUGGAACUGUUGCUGUAAAGAACAGCGUGAACGUUCCGCUACACUUCCUUGAAUGUGACACAAUGUAAUGUGUUUAGAAAAACAUGUGGAUGCGUAAUUGACAGCUCAUUGUUUGUGUUAGACUUUAGAUUAUAGUUGUUUACAUGAAGUCAGUGUUACUGGAUUGAGUAAAAAUGAAUGCUUUAUUUCAGUCCACUAUUAAAAGAAUGAAUGAAUUUGAUCAAUUUAAUUAAUUAGAUAUACAGAUCCUCAACCAAAUAAUAGAAUGUGUAUAUAUUUCAAUCAACUGAAUUAUGUUGACCCUUAAUAUGGUGCUAUAACUGAUUAGUACCAGGAUUUACAUUUGAACCUUCCCUGUUUAAAUACAGGAUUUUAUCUCUACAUAAGCAGCAAGAAAACCCUCACAUGUGGACUUUAUUAUAACUGUAAGAACUUGAACUGAGAUCAGUGUUUGGAUGCUGUAAGUGCCAUUACUUCUACGUCUUUGAUUUUGUAUUAAUCACUAUGUUCGCUUCGUCUCAGUUUACACGGGCAUUUUAUUUCAGACGUGUGGAUUUCUAUGUACUACUGUAAAGAAAGCUUGAGUAUUUGAAGAUUUACAUGAUAUACUUGUAUUGAAAAUAAAUGAAAAUGUUUCAACAUCUGCCACAAUAAUACACUGCCAUCACUUCUUCAAACAUACAUGAUUCAU